AUGGUGCAGCCUUUUCCAGAGGCUGUCCCAAAAUGCCACUCUCCAGAGAAACUCCUAGUCAUACAUAGGAGUUGGUCAUCCUUACUCAUACCUUCUGCUGAAGUGGCAGGCUUGGGUGGCUAUGCUUUGUCACAAGAUCCCUCUGUUCGGCCAACUCUGGUUGGAUCAGAAGUGGAUACUUUAUCCAGUGGGAGGAAAAAUGAGAGACCAAUCUAUACAGAGACCAAAGAUGGCGCCCUCAGGAGCCAUGUGGAAGGUGAUCUGGCAAGACAGCAACUACAAGGAAGUGUAGGCAUCCCUCUCAAUCAGCUCCGGAGUGAGAAGAUCAAUGGCAAUGUCAAGAAUUAUACCAAUUUCUGUCAUUAUAAUGAAAAGCCCAAUAUAAGCUACUUGCAUUCAGAAAAGGAAGCUUAUUUAGCUCAAAAUGUUAGAGGUUCAAGAGCAAGGAGCUUGCAUUGGCUCAGCUCUGGUGAAGACCUCAUGACCAAUGACAGACAGCAGAGUCCGCGGUGGUCGCGGCAGCUACUGUGGCGAUUGUGGCGGACUUGGGAAUUCGCUCCCAGUUCGGCGUCGAUUGUGGGCCUGCGAGCGAGAACCUAUUCCCGGGGCGACGGCCCGUACUCGCGCACGGCGCUCUACGAGCCUCUCGGCGUCCCCCCCACGGCCACGCAGGCUCAAAUCAAGGCGGCCUACUACCGGCAGAGCUUCCUCUACCACCCGGACCGCAACUCCGGCAGCGCCGAGGCUGCCGAGCGCUUCACGCGCAUCUCCCAGGCCUACCUGGUGCUGGGCAGUACCACGCUCCGUCGCAAAUACGACCGCGGGCUGCUGAGCGAAGAGGACCUGCGCGGCCCGGGGGCCCGGCCCUCCAGGACGCCCGCGGCCGACCCCAGCCCGCCCCGGCCCCCGCCGGCCGCCUCUCGGGCCCCCCACGGGGGUCGGGCAGCCCGCGGGGGCGCCGAGCGCACCAUGUUCGACUUCGACGCCUUCUACCAGGCUCACUACGGGGAGCAGCUGGAGCGCAAACGGCGCUUGCGGGCCCGGCGGGAGGCCCUUCGCAAACAGCAGGAGGAUCGCGCCACCAAGGGCUUCAAGUGGGACGAGGUCCGGGACACGACCUUCAUUUUCCUCUUCCUCUUAGUCUUCAUCAUCGUCGGCUUUCGGAUCUGAGCGGAGAGAGGCGGGAGGAGCCGCGGCUCCGCGGGGCCCGAGACCUUUGACCUUCCGUAGUCUACCUCGGCUUGGGGUCCCAGGAACUGAACUCCUGCUACCCCCCCCCAA